CAGCCACGUUGGAGGUACAGUAUGCUUUCCCUCAGACUGCUGACGAGUUUUAAUUUGAAAAUCGACGCGCGGUAUAACGCCAUUUCCGCUUUGAGCUGCGUGAUUGACAAACCUUGGUGCUGUCUUCCACUAGGCCGUAAGUCCAAUAGGGGGAAAAUAUGGCGACCAUAACCGCAACGCAAGUCUCUGAAAUGACGUGAACUUUCUAGUGAGGAAGUAAAGCACUUUCCACAAUGCAAAACUGACUUGGUGGCACUGGCAAAUACUAUUAAUUCACCCGCAGGGCGCUACAGUGGCAACGACGACAUAUGUAAUUCAUCGGAGCCAAAAAUGGCCGAGUCCCGAGGAGAUGGACCGCGGAGGACCUUUGACUUCUCCGAAUCCGAAUCCGAGGACGACUCGGAAGAGAAUGUUUUGGAGAUGGCUGAGAAAACGCUCCCAGGAAAGCAAGCACUUUCUGACGCUGAGGAACUAUAUAAGAAGGCUGAUCGACCAAGCUCUGCGAAAGAACUAUCUGAGGAUCGACUGGAAAAUGUGUACUCAAUAGAUUAUGUGAUUGAAGAACACGGUGAGACUGACAAUGGGCAGGACAUUGAUUCAACAAAUAAGCAUGAAAAGUUUCGUAUGGUCUGCAACGAAUGUGGAACGUCCUUCCCCCGCCGUGAGAUGUUCUACCUUCACCGCCACUAUCAUGCAGACAAGGAUGAACUCGUUCCACUCAACUGUUUAGAAUGCGGACUUUCCUUUAAGGAUCGUCGCAGCCUCAUGAAACACAGACAUGUGCAUCAAGAGGAGCCAAAGUAUGAGGAGGAAGCUCGUUUUCAGUGUGCAGAAUGUGACAAUUUUUUCCCAACGGCGCCAAAACUGAGGCGUCACCAAUGCACCGAUACAGAUGACAUGCCUUAUCAUUGUACGUUGUGCCGCAAAGAGUUCAUAGUAAGGUGUGCUGUCGCGAAGCACAUGCUCCACCACUCAGAAGAGGGCAGCUGGACGUGCAACGAGUGUGGUCAAAGCUUUCCAGACUACAGGACAUUGCGCUGCCACCAGCGAUGUCACCCUGUCCUCAAACCCUUCGAAUGUCCAGAAUGCGGCCUGUCUUUCACACACAGCUCCGUCAUGGAAGCCCAUCGGCGCAAGCACACUGAGCGACUCCGCUCUUUCCUGUGUCCCAUUUGCGGCAAGACCUUCACAUACACAAGUCUGGUUCAAGAACGCCAGAAUCUGUGCACCAGCGAGACGCCCUUCUGUUGUCCUGAUUGUGCCCACCAAGCAGACUCCCGUGUCUGCACCGGCGCAAGUUGUUGCAAAGAAAAGAGCCGCAGUGACGAAUUAAAACGUGCUUUUAGCUGUCGCCUUUGUCUGCAGAAAAACAGCGCGCCAUCCAACCUAAGAGCCCGCAUGCAAUUUCAUGAAGUGGAGUGCAAGUCGCACGAGAAAAGCUUCAAGCCACAUCCAGAGAUUGAAAAAGGUUCUGAAGGAGGGGGGUCCAAGUAAGAACUUUUUGGGACAAGGAUGAUGGCAAUCCAGAGCACAAAAGAGAUGUUGGGCACCCUGACCGUGAACAUGAGGCAUGGAAGAUAAUCACGGCCAAGGAUUCGGUCUUGGCCUCGGAGCACCCCCAACUUCAGCAUGAUGGCUGCCUUCCUCACCGCUGGACAGUGCGCUUUUCCUCAAUAGUAGGCCAGAACCCGGCAGUCUUCAGCCAUUGCUCAGACCACAAAAAGGUCAUCCGCAAGCCAUGCCAUGUGGCUCCUGGCUUGAAGAUGAGUUAUGAGGGCUCAGAAAUGCAAUGAUUUAACUUGAAAAUCAUGCGGAUAAGAGUUGCUGACUGUUUCAGUCAGGACAUGAGAAAACUUGUGUUGAGGUGCCAUUGGCACUCAGGUUGACGCAAAACAUCGUCAGGAGAUGCAGCAACAAUACAUACAACUAAUGCACCACUUGCAGACAUUGCGACAACAGUAUCGUGAACAUUUACAGCACAAGAUUGAAGUAAAUAAAAGUUAUCAAAUAUUGGCAAGUUGUAAUACCAUUCGGGUUAUCAAAACACUUAAUUUUUAUUAUCAGCUUCAUUUUUGCACAAGGGGCAUUUUAAGGACCCCCCCCCCCUCCCCCAACAAAACAGCAUCUCAAUUGCAGAUGAGGGGGAAAAACUAAAUUCAUCCUGGCCUGAGCACAAAAACUGAGUGAAUUUUUUCAGUAAAAAACGAAAGAUAGGGAUGUGAAUCCCAAUUUUCCAAAAUGUGAGGGUUCUCUGUACCACAGCAACAACAAUACAGGUAUCCACGUCAGCUUCGGCUCAUUCUGCCUUCAGACAGACCCUCAACUGGUGCCUCGGAAGCGUUUUGAGUUCUUAAGAUUGUCUAGAUUUUAUAACUGCAUAUUACUAUCACAUUUUUAAUUUUGCCAUAGCAGUUUUUUGUUGAUGUUAAAUGUAUUUAAUUGCAAAUAAAUGUAAAAUUGGUUGGUCGUUUGGGGAA